AUGAUCAGAGCGUCCCCGCCACCUAAGAGAAAGACGCCCUCGCCGCCGAAGAAAACGGCUAAUCAUUCGCCGAAGGUCCCCACGAAAAGUCCUGCAAGCGCAUCUAAUACGUCCCCGCCUAAGCGCGGAGUUUCCCCGCCGAAGCGGGGAACUUCCCCUCCGAAGAAGCGCUCGCCGAUCCUCCCCAAGAAGCGUCCCCCCCCGCCGCAUUCCUCCUCCCCGCCUAAGCAAAAAUCCCCCAAGCAACCGCCCCCCGCUAAACGGUCUCCGUCUAAGCGGUCUCCCCCUAAACCGUCUCCCCCGAAGUCCCCCCCGCCUGCUUCUCCCCCGAGGCGGCGCAAGCCUUCUUCAGCGCAGAAGUCUCCGCCUCCGCCCCCGCCGUCUCCGCCCACGGGGAGCGGCGGAGUGGACCUGGGGAACGCGCAGAAGGUGCUGAAGAUGCUACAGCCGUACUUCGACGACCCGCAGUUCAUGAUGUUCGCGAUCAACGGAGGUCUCCUGACCCUCAUGGGCAAGGCACUCAACUCAACGGAGAAAGUCACCUUCUUCGUGCCCGACCACGACACCAUCAAGGACCUGCCCGACGACUCGCCCUUCCCACUGCCCCCUCUCAUCCCCUCCUGGAUCCAGGACCUGCCCGACGACUCCCCCCUCAUCAACGACCCGGCCAUCGCCACGGCAGUGGUCAAUUUCCAUGUGGUGCGGGGCAGGCAGGUCACUUACACGGAGUUGACUCAAGCCGCCACUGGAACCAUGUACAUGACGGAUCAGCACGAGCCACUGGUGAAGGACGCAGCGAGCUUCCUUUUCAACGUGGUGCUGCGGCCGAGCCAGGGGCCUUCCCGUGCCACCAUCACCAUGCCCAACGCGUACACGGACGAGAGCAUGCAGGUGCAUGUACUGGACUCGCUGCUCAUCCCAGACUCGGUCUACUUCGCCCCUCCAACAACAUCCCCUACAAUAUCCUCUCGUCCAAACCCUCCUCCAAACCCUCCUCCAAGACCUCCCCAGCCAUCCCCGUCAGCAACCCCUACCCCACCAUCCACACCGUCAGCCCCUCCCAUAGCAUCUCCACCGCCACCAGCGGUGGCAGCAGAUAAGCAAAUCCCAGCCGUGGCAACAGCAACUUCUCCUCUGUCCAGUUCAGAUCCCAACACCACAGUGCCAGCACCACCUGCGCAGUGA